GUGUUUUGACAGUUCAAAUCCUUGGUGAAAUUCAGCAUCCUUGACACUGGGUGCCGGUCAACAAAAGUUGCUUUUCUAAGUGGUCUGAUUCUGAUUAAAACGCACUCAUGCCACCGCGUAAAGAAUUUAUUUUCUGUCUCUUUCCUGCCCUUGACUCUUUCAACUAUUGCGGAUGUUGACGUGAAAAAAGUUGGAAAUUUCAAAGCUGGUUGACUGCAACUUGUCCUAGGGACCACAAAUUGCCUAUGAGAUAAGGCAUAAAGCCAUAAAACAACCCACAACCUUUUCUCCAGCAAGCAUAUAUAGAUCCUUUUGUUCUCUGAAAGUAUCAAAUCAAAGCACUUACAGCUCCUCUCUCUCUUGUGAAAUCAUGAUGUUGAAUAAAGAAAAACUUGUGGGAGUAGGCCUCAUAACCCUCCUCCAUCUCUGCUUCUUUUCCGUCUGCGUUGCCGGCCAAAACCAGCCCUGCAGGCCUUCUUCUUGCGGGGAUAUGCUGAACAUCAGCGACCCUUUCCGGUUAAAAGGCGACCCAUCUGGCUGUGGGGAUAGUCGGUAUGAAUUGGCUUGUGAAAACAAUCGUACCAUUCUCAAUCUGUAUCGUGGGAAAUACUAUGUCGAGGAGAUCAACUACCAAAACUAUAGUAUCCGGGUGGUGGAUCCUGGGCUGAAGAAGGGAAACUGCUUGUCCACUCCUCUCUAUCACUUGACUCCUGAGAACUUCAGCUAUGAUCAUCCGUACGCCUGGCCUUACGAUUGGGGAUUCAGAACGACAGUCUUGAUGAGCUGCUCGAGGCCGAUCAGCGACGACAAAUUCAUUCCCAUCACUUCUUGCAAUAGUACUAAUGGCACAACCUCUUCCUCCUCACAGCCUUAUCAUUAUGCGCUAAGUGGAGAUGGAGAAUCCCUGCAGGUGGGCGAUCUCCCGGGCUCAUGCACUAUAGGAAAGUCAAUAUUUUCCAAGCUGGGGGCAGCUUCAGAGCCCGGAAACAGGUCAAUGUUGAGCCUCCAAGAUCAGCUUCUUCUGGGGAUUGAGCUUUCGUUUCUGCAAAUCCAGUGCAUCAGAGAAUGUAGGGUGAAAGGGCAAAGCUGCUACAUGGAUUACACUGUCAACUCAGUGAAAUGCGAUGACCCGAAUUCAUGCAAGGAUUUGAGUGAUGACUGCUACAAACCAAUCUGGCUUAAGGGUUUGAUCAUCAUCCUCCAGAUCAUCUUUGCUUCAAUUUACACUCCGAUCAUUGCUGCAGGCAUUUUAGGAAGAGCUUUACUUGGGGUGGUGCUUUCCUAUGGAAUCUACAAGCUUCGACAAAGACACAUAUCAAAGCAUGAUACUACUAAAGAAAUCCCAUGAAGGUGAAAAGAAAUUUGAAGGAAAAUGUGUGUACAGAAGAAGCCCGAGAGCCAUUCUUCGGUGAGCAAAGCACUGGAGAUGCUGGAAGGCGGUCUGUGUUCGAAAAUUAACAGAUUCCAAUCAUAGAAAUUUUUCCUAGUUUGAUAUGUAAGGAAAUUGAUGUAAUUUAGACAUAUUCAUAGGAUUGUAAUUCUUCUUUUAUUUCCUUUUUUGAGAAUGAUGUUUGUCAAUUACUUUCUUUUCUGUUACUGAGACAAUUCAUCAGAAGUGAAUAUACAUAUUCUGUU